AUGACUCAAACAAAUAAUCCAGUUCAGAAGAAAUUGAUUUCAUCACAAAAUACCAAACCUCCCGUAAUACCACUUAGCUCACAACCUUUUUAUAAUGAUGCCAUCAGAGGUCAAGUAGGAUCCUUUGGUAGUUCAUCAUCAUAUUCUACUAGAGAAGUUCCCUCACAGCAUACGGAAUAUCGACACACUUUUGCUCCAAGAACAAUUCGCAGAAAGCAUCACGGAAUCAAAUUAUUUUUUGCACCUUUACAAGAGUCAAGAAAUUGGAUAGCGUUGAUAUAUUUAAUCCUGUGGAAUCUUCCUUAUUCAUGUUUUUGUUUUGGAUGGGUUAUUGGAACCUUUAUUGGUAGUAUUAUAUCUUUGAUAUUUCCUCCUGUCGGUUAUGUUUUGUUGCUCUUUUCAGUUUAUUCAUGGAGGAUGCUCGGUCGCUUUGAGAUAGCGAUAUUAAAUUCCAUUUCGUCAUCAGAUAAUUUAGCAGCGAUCACGCGUAAACCACUUCCUUCUAUAACAAAAGUGACACCACCCAUUUAUCUAUAUUCACCAUUAAGCAGUACUAAUUAUCAAAUUCCUGUUCGUCCUAAUCAAAUAGGAAGAUUCGAAAAUCUUUUUUUACUAUUUAAGGAUGGGUUCACUGUUAGAACCGUUGUUUACUUUACUUUCACUAAAUUUGUAAUGUCUAUUAUAAUAUUUACAUUAGCGGUGACGUUAUUUGCCUUAGGAGUUUCUAUUAUGAUAUGCUUGUUUCCUUUAUGUUUGAAAAUGUUUGGGCAUGAUCCGCCGCUUUCAAUUUCUACGUUUCCAAAAAAGAAUAAAGAAGCAGUUUCUCCGGACACCUUAAGCCUUAUAAAAAUUCAUACAAACUAUGCUGCCGCUGCAUACUGUUCAAAACAAAAAUUAAACAAUUGGACUUGCGGUUAUCGGUGUUUUGGUAACGUUACAGUCGAAAAAGUAUUUCAUGAUGAACUUAAAGGUGCUUACGGGUACAUUGCCGUUAGUGAGGAGAAUAAGACUAUCAUCGUUGCUUUUAGAGGGAGCCUGGAUCUUGCAAAUUGGAUACAUAAUUUACAAUAUGCAAAACUUGAUUAUGAAUUUCCCGGGAUCGAAGGUGCUUUAGUACAUGGUGGGUUUUAUCAUGCUUAUGCACGUGUAAAGAACUCUAUAUUAUGGACGAUUCAAUGGAUGAUGACAAGGGAAGAAAACUCAUGUCGUGGAUAUGAUGUUGUUAUAACUGGACAUUCUUUGGGUGGUGCCCUAUCAUCAUUCUUAGCCAUAGAUGUAAAACGUUAUAUCCUUGAUCCAAUUUUCUCCUCGCCAACUCACUGGCUUCUUCCUUUCACAAUUCAACUGACAACCAUAGGUGAACCGAGAGUUGGUAACCACAUCUAUGCAAAAAUAUUACAGACACAACUAAUUUCUCAAACAUCACCUUUAAAGCAUAAAGUAUCCAGAGUAACUCAUAAGAAUGAUGUGAUAGUACAUUUACCUCCAUCAAAAGACGGAUUUAUACAUCAUGCGCAUGAAUUAUGGGUAAAAGAUAAAGAUCAAUACUUUUUUUGUGAUGACAUAGUGGAAGGUUCUGAGGAUCCAGUUGAGGACCCAGAGUGUCUUGCUGGUGCUAAAUGGUUUGAUAUUAGUGCUCACUUAUUCAUUUGGAAUACUACUUUUACACCUUUUUGUUAA